AUGCACUUCUCUCUUGUAGGCGCCUGCUUCCUUCUGGCCGCUACGCUUGGCCAGGCCUCACCCGUCCAGCCUCAGUCUCGGAACGUUAGCAACGAUCUUUUCUGGCUGAGCAAGCGCUGCUGCAUCCUUUGCGACAACCCCUACGCCCGAUGCGGCGGGAAGGACAAGCGUGAGCCUGUGGACAGCCUGGAUGAAGCUCUAUUUGGGCCAGUCAAGCGUGACGAGGCCGCACCGUCCUGGCUUACCAAACGUUGCUGUAUCCUUUGCGACAACCCUCAUGUCCGCUGUGGCAGCAAUGAUAAACGUGAGGCCGUCAACACCCUGGAAGAAGCUCUCUUCGGUGCCGACCAGCAGUAG